UGAGCGCGACAGCAAGGCAGUGGAUUGACAGGGUCGGCGCUAGUGACAGUCUGUCUUGUCUGGAAUACACGCACUAAAAGAUUGUGAUCAGUCCCAAAGAAACUGCUCCUCAGCUAGGACAGGAUGCCGAAAUGAAUAAAAUCAUAAGUGAAGUGUGUCAUUAGUUUUAUGAACUGGUAACACACGGGACACAAGGAGAUUUUCUCAUACUGUCAUAUAGGGGAUUAACAGUGGAAUGUGACACAUUAACUACCGUCUUUAUUUGCACAGAAGAUUUUUCACGUGGUCUGCCUUUCUCUACUUUGGACUUUCCAGAGACGCAGACAUGCUCAAGGUGUGAUACUCCAGACCCCUAGACGUAUCUUCAUGGAAGCCAAGAUGUCGCCUUUGACAGGUGACGAUUCGGAGUUGAACAUCUCGUCCUGUGUCGUACCAAACAACAGCCGUGCUUUGCUGAUGGAGCUCAAUGACGAUAAGGCCUUACUCUCUCCUGUCAUUGUGUACAUCGGCAUUCUCUUGGUUGUUGGGACGAUUGGCAAUUUGUUGGUUUGUCUGGUGUACUGUUCCAAAAACCGCAAAGGCUCCUCUGACUUUUUCAUCCUCUCCCUGGCCGUCCUGGAUAUGAUCAGCUGUGUUGUCGGAAUGCCCACGGAAAUCGCCGACCUCAGGUAUCCAUUUAUGUUUAACUCCCCCGCAGCCUGCAAGCUUCUGCGAUACUCCGAGUCCGCUACGACCAUCGCCUCAGCUCUCAUCCUCAUCGAGGUGGCGUUUGAUCGGUAUUACCGCAUCUGUAACAUCUCUAAAGUCUUCUCCUCCAAGAAGACUCGUCGGCUCUGUUUGGGGGCCAUACUCUCCUCCUUCAUAGUAUCGUGGCCUACGGCCAUCAUAUUCGGCCGAAAGACUGCGGAGACCGGAAUUCCGUGUCUGACCGGAGUCGAUUGCUCGACGACAGACGAGAUGAAGGGGACGAUAUUCCCAAAGCUGUGGUACGGGUUCUGGGGACUCAUCUUCGUCGUGAGUUUGGCGUUUCUCACUGUGCUGUACAUCCUGAUCGGUGUGGAGGUAUGGCGGAGGAAGACGUCCCGGAUCGGCAAGAGGCCUAGCCGGGACCAGUGGAGGAAGACAGAGGACGGACGGUGCAGGCGGCUCAGCUCCGCAGAGGACAGCAGCUACGCGCUAUCUGCCGACUCCCCUCACACCAAACACGGGUCCACCAAACCCAAGUCUGCAGUAAAGACAAACAUGAAGCCCCGGCGUACCACCCUGGUGCUGUUCGCCGUCACCCUAGCCUUUGUCAUCAGCUUCCUGCCCUUCCUCGUCGUCAUGUUACUCCGAAGUUUCAUCACCGACUUUGAGAAGAAUUUGUCUCCCGCUGAGGAAGUCGUUUAUAAGUUCUCUGUGAAGUCGUAUCUCAUUAACAGUGCUGUCAACCCUGUCCUCUACAGCUUCCUCAAUGUCAACUUCAGACGGCUCGUCGUUGCCCAGAUACAACGCUUGUUUCCUUGCUGUAAAAAGAAGUCUUCUACAGCACUGAGUCAAUCCAGUUCGUGAGCAUCAAUCCUCUCCCCAACUGCUGUUGGAGGGAAAGACUUUGAGCAAUUGUCCUGUCACAGGUAGCGAUGGAACUUACCGUCCGACACGCGGGCUAUGUGACCGACACUUAAAGUCACAACACUUUUUUCUAGUCAUUUAUUGUAAGUGUCAAAUUUACAGACCCUAAACACAGCUCUUGGACGAGUAACCUGUAUUGUAGUUGAAAGAAACCGACUGUAGUCUACUUUAACAAGUUCAUACUAUGAAUCCUGGAGAUUACCAUGGUGACGUACUGCGUGCAGGACUGGCUAAGGGAAGUACUGCGUGCAGGACUGGUUACCAUGGGAACGUUAUGCCUGCAGUACUGGCUCCCAACGCGACGUAAUGCCUGCCAUCAUGGAAUGAAGACUUGUAAUUCUGGUGCUCGUAAUUGGCGGAUACGCUAGCAUAAUAAUUACUUAGACGUAGGGUUAGUGCUUUGUGAAAUGGAUACCAGAUAGCAUUGCUAUCUGUUAAAUUAUAUGAACUCGUCAGUAUGAGCCUUGUUUAGCAAAAAUUAAAUCCGUGCACACAAACUUUGGGGGACCAUCUCUCACAGACAGAUGUUCUCAGUCCAAUCAGUUCGCAUUCUCGCAUGCAGACCUUCCUCGCAAGUUAGCGGCCUGACGCCAGAUGAUUUGCAGGGAAAGGUGCGGUGGUCUUUCACGACCAGGUUUCCUCCAACACGAAGGUAAUCGCCAUAGCAAAACACCAAUUUGAAGGAAAUUAGGUUCAACAAUUUUUCACACUGUGAAAAUUAGCUUAGUUAAAGCACGCUCACACUGUGAAAAUUACCUUAGUUAAAGCACGCUCCAAAAGUUACCAUUGUUUGUAACAUAUUCAUUCAGUAUUUGAAGUGCUACUAUUUAACUGCAACUAUAUAUAUAUAUAUAUGAUGUAAAAAUAUUCUUGCUUUACAAUUGCUUGCAAAAAAUGCUCGCAAUGUAUUUUGACUUUUGAGACCCUUAAAUGUUUCCAUAAGUUGUUAAAAUGCGUUUAUACGACAGACGUGUAACGUUGACAACGAAUGCACCAGAUGCAAUCUACAUUCUUAUAUUACAGUGUUUUAUGUAUGAAUCAUUUUGUCCAGGUAAUCGAUAUAUCUACAUGAUAUUAUGUAUUUAUUUUUUGAUACAUUUUGAGUGAUCUUCAUCUUUUAUCAAGGAGUUUUUUAUGAUUAUUUAUUACUCUCAGUCUCAAAAAAGGUGCAUUUCAAAGUUUCAAUGCUCCUCCUUAUUAUAAAUUCCAAUUCUGGGAGGUAACUGUGAAACCCUUGAACUUGCAUCUUACUAGCCGAUCAAGCUGUAAAUUGGUUAAAAGACAUAUUUUUAUAAGAAUUUACUCUCAUUCGUGACUGAUUUACAAGUUGGCUAUUUCUUCUCUCAAAUCCAAGCAAGCCUAAGGGAAACGUUUCCAAUGCAAAUACGUUGGAGAGCUUGGACUGUGGGCGUGGAUGGUUGGUGGUCUUGUUGGGUGUGUGGGAGACACCUGUAUCUGACCUCGUCGGUUGAUUAAUAUAUAGCUAUUCCCACAACUAACAGGUACGCCUACUUGUGUGGGUGGAUUCCCAAUUUUCUUGUAGGCCUACACACUUUCAAACUACCCACAAUGUAUUGGCACAGUCUGUGGCUUUCAGAUAUCUGUAACUGGAAUGGAUCUAGCUGCUUGUAUUGUCUGCCCCGCGCAAACUCAGUGUUGUUUAUGUGUGUAAAGCUGUACAACCUACUGUGAGGUGUAAAUAUAUUAAGUAUAUUGAGUGUGCCUGAUGUAGGCCUACAUUUAUUAUACUGUGUACCGAGUCUAAAAAAAACAAUAUUAAAGUCUUGUGUGA